AUGCGGUAUUUCAAACCCACUCAGUCUCAGGUUUCUUCGACACCGACCACUCUAGAAAACCGUUACUGGCCAUCUGCUAUUGAUGACAAUCAGAUUCGGGUGGAGAAGACCCCAUCUCAAGGGAAAGGACGGCUGCCUCGUCAGAUAGCCUUCAGCCAUGCGUCCCCAAUAGUACAAGGCAUCAAUCUCGUCUCAACCCAAGAGCUCCCCGAUCGGUUUAGAUCUCUUUUCCCUUUUCCUCUUCUAAAUGCCGUGCAGUCAAAAUGCUUUUCCCACGUUUACCAGAAUGACUACAAUAUAGUCCUGUCCGCUCCAACAGGCAGCGGCAAAACCGUCAUUAUGGAACUCGCAAUAUGCCGUCUAGUUAGCAACCUGAAAGACAGUUUGUUUAAAGUGAUUUACCAAGCUCCUACGAGAUCCCUCUGUGCGGAACGUUUCCGCGAUUGGUCUACCAAAUUCACCUGCUUGGGUUUGCAGUGUGCCGAAUUGACUGGUGAUACCGAGUAUUCCCAGCUCAGGUCAAUUCAAACUGCAAGUAUCAUAAUCACCACCCCGGAGAAAUGGGACAGCAUGACAAGGAGGUGGAGAGAUCAUAUGAAGCUGAUUCAACUUGUCAAGCUCUUUCUCAUUGAUGAGGUUCAUGUUUUGAAUGAGAGUCGUGGGGCUGCACUUGAAGCCGUGGUUUCCCGCAUGAAGUCCGUCGCCUCUAAUGUCCGGUUUAUUGCUUUGAGUGCAACGAUACCAAACUCCGAGGACAUUGCAACAUGGCUGGGCAAUAGCGAUACUCUGCAGCAUUUACCGGCACAUAGAGAGCACUUUGGAGAGGAAUUUCGUCCCACGAAACUCCAGAAAUUUGUUUACGGCUACCAGUGCAACGGCAAUGACUUUGCGUUUGACAGGUUCUGCGGAUCUAAAUUACCGGAGAUUAUUUCUAAACACUCGAAUAGAAAGCCAAUAAUGAUAUUUUGCUGUACGAGAAAUUCCUCUAUUGCCACCGCAAAGGACCUCGCCAAAUUGUGGACCAAUACCAUACCUCAUAGGCGACCUUGGUCAACGGGGUCAAGAAUACCUACUGUCAAAAACCCAGACCUGAAGGCCGUCGUGAGCUCUGGGGUUGCUUUCCAUCAUGCUGGCUUGGAAAGUGACGACCGCCAUGUUAUUGAAAAGGCUUUUUUGCAAGGCCAGAUUAACAUCGUCUGCUGCACGUCUACCCUUGCAGUUGGCGUCAAUCUACCAUGUUACCUGGUGAUCAUUAAAAAUACUGUCUGCUGGCAGGAGGGUGGAUGCAGGGAAUACUCCGAUUUGGAAAUGAUGCAAAUGCUCGGACGCGCGGGCCGUCCGCAAUUUGAUGAUAGUGCCGUGGCAGUCAUUCUGACGAAGAAAGAGCGUCUUUCGUACUAUGAGAAGCUGGUUUCGGGGACAGAGCAGUUGGAAAGUUGUCUACACUUGAAUCUAAUCGACCACAUGAACGCAGAGAUUGGACUUGGAACAAUCCAGGGCAUUGAAUCUGCCAUUAAGUGGCUUGCCGGGACCUUCUUAUUUGUGAGACUAAGAAGAAACCCAACUCAUUACAAGCUGAAGGAAAAUGCGGACCGACGGGAUGAGGAUGAGAUGCUUCGGCAAAUAUGUGAAAAGGAUAUGAAGCUCCUCAGAGAAUGUGAACUCGUAACUGCAGAUGAAAACUUGAAGUCGACCGCCUAUGGAGACGCAAUGGCAAAGUACUAUGUCAAAUUCGAAACCAUGAAAAUAUUGCUGUCAUUACCUCCUCGGACAAAGCUUUCGGAAAUUCUCUCGGCAAUUUCUCAAGCCGAUGAGUUCCGCAAGAUUCGUCUCAAAGCCUCAGAACGUUCUUUGUAUAGGGAAUUGAAUCGUGGCGCCGGUACCCGAUACCCGAUCAGGGUGGAUUUGUCUCAGAAUGCUCAUAAAGUCAGUCUCCUGAUUCAAUCAGAAUUAGGUGCAGUUGAUUUUCCUGCUGCGGAGCAGUAUCAGAAACACAAAUUUCAAUUCCAGCAGGAUAAGACUAUGGUAUUUUCCCAUAUAAACCGUCUUCUCCGUUGCGUUGUUGAUUGCCAAAUUCAUAACAAAGACGGAAUAGCAGUUAGAAAUGCACUGAGUCUUUCCAGGAGUAUUUCAGUUCGAGCUUGGGAGGGCUCUGCAUUGCAAAUGAGACAGAUUGACCAAGUAGGAAUUGUUGCCGUGCGGAAGCUCGCCAGCGCUGGAAUUACAAGUAUCCAAGAGUUGGAAGAAACGGAGGCCCAUCGAAUCGACAUGAUACUGAGCAAGAACCCGCCUUUUGGAAUGAAACUACUUUCGCGACUUGCUGAUUUCCCAAAACUACGUGUGACUGUUAAGAUGAUAGGCAAGGCAACUAAGCAAGGGGAGUCAGUUAGAGUUAAUAUCAAGGCAGACAUUGGGUUUUUGAAUGAAAAAUUGCCAAGCUUCUUUCAAAAACGUCCAAUAUAUGUCUGUUGCCUGGUGGAGAUCUCGGGUGGUCGACUUGUGGAUUUUCGACGUAUGAGUGCACAGAAACUCCAAAAUGGUCAUGAGAUUUUACUUAGUGCUGACUUGACGAGUGCAUUGCAACAUAUAACAUGCUAUGUCAUGUGUGAUGAUAUUGGCGGAACCGCUCAAUGUGCAGAGCUAAAACCAGAUAUUCCAGCAUCGUUGUUUUCUAGAGACUUUCUUCCUGAAGAUCCGACUAAGUUGACGGACAAAUUUAGGAUGAACACGUCGAGACGGAGAAGUAGCGAUGUAUCGAAAACAGCGAAAUCCUCUAAUAAAAUCGAUGUAUUUGAAGAUGACGACUACGCGGAUGACGAUUUUCUUACAGCAGAUCUCAACUCGCAUCAAUUGAAUCCAAUACUGACCGCCACGAAUGAUUUGAACUACAAUCGAAACUCAAACCCUCAAUCAAUACGUGUGAAAGGAGAUGACUUGAAUGAUGAUGAUGACCACCAACCAAAUGUUUUGGUAAAUGGUAAAUUCAAAUGCAACCAUAAAUGCAAAGACAAGUCGACAUGCAAACACUAUUGCUGCCGGGAGGGCCUAGACAAGCCCCCGAAGGUCUACAAAAAGGGAAAUUCGGCAGACAUACCUCAAAGCCAGCUAACAAAAACCAGCCAGCUAAGCUUGAUGCAAAGUGUUCGAAAGAACGCUUCGACGGCUAACAAGUCCUAUAGCAUUCAGAACUAUGGCCAUGAUCGCUCCAUUGACUUUUUGGAUCUCACACAAAGCGACGAGCCGAAGCAGGUUGAUGAGAUCACAUCGUCUUCAAAGGUCAUAAGAAUGGCAAAAUUAGACAUGGCCGUGUCACAGCCGGGAACUUUGAAGAGCGAUUCUUCUAAACUACACGUCACCUUGAAUAGUAUGGGGGAAUCGAAACGUCCGUGUUAUCGAAGGGAGCAUUCGUCCAGUGCCUACGAUGAUAGUGGUCUGGAAGAACUUUUUGCUACUCCAACAGCUUUGCUGGACUCAGACAGACGGCAAUCAGUUGAUAGCUAUGAUACAGCUACCAUAGAUCCUGUCUUUGAUGAGACUGUUGACUUUUUCAUGAGUUAUCGAAACCAAACCACCAAAGUCACAAAUCAUAAUGAUGACAUCGGCUGUUCUCAGGAACCUUUUGCAACUCAAUCCAGGUCACAAGAGGGACAUCCAGAGAUCAUCACGAAGUCUUCAGGUUUCCAAAACGACUUAUCAUCUUCGAGUGUUUUUCAAGUAUCGAAUUAUUUUCAACCAUUUGCGAGCAAUAACGAAGCCACGAAACGAAAAGGUAGCACGCUAGACAAUGCUUCUGAUAACGAGGCGAUUAAACGGCCUAAGCAUACGCUGAAGGAAACCAUUAACAUGACCACAACCAAGUCCGAUGCUUUGCCGAUCUCAAGCAGCGGACAUGAGAAGCAAUCGGAAUGGAAUGACAUUGAUCAGUCGUUGCUAGAGGAGUUUGGCGACGUUGUCAACUUCAUCGGAGAUUGAGUCCUUCAAUAGUAUAUUAGAAGAAUUUGACUGCGCUGGCUGGUGUAGGGUUCUUUUGCUUUGAAAAUUUGAGACGAAGUGUUACAGCGGUGUUGACAGUACU